AUGUCAUUCGCACAGGUCCCCGCCAGGGUCGCACCUGCGACGGUUUUCACACCGAAUCUGCUUAGGCGUGGUGUUCCUAUCUUUGAUCUGGACUAUGAUGCUAUUCUUGCUGCUAUGUAUGCAUUGACUGUUAGUGCUGAGGGUGACUGUUACUUGUGUGUGCCGCCUGACCCAGGUAUAGAGACUGCAGCCCUAGGUGCUAGUGAGUCUGCUCUCCCUGGUACUGCGUCCGCUCAGGCUUUGCACACGUUCACACUUGACUCUGGUGCUUUGCGUUGUUUCUUUCGCGACAGCACCACUGUCACCCCUCUCCCUGCACCUGUUCCUGUCUCACUGGCUGACCCCUCUGGGGGUCCAGUGCUUGCACGGGCCACGACUGUGCUUCCGUGCCCAGCGGUCCCGUCUGGUGAGCUGUCUGGUCUCCAUGUUCCCUCGUUCUCUACGAACUUGGUGAGCAACGCCGUCCUUCAGGAUCACUGGGUUGACACCUGGACUCCUGGAGGACAGCGUGUGGCGAUCUGUACAUGCUCCAAGACCGGCCGCCACCUGGCCACGUUCACACGUGAGCCAGGGUCUAGUCUGUACACCCUCACCACUGUUUCACGCUACACUCCUUUGUCUCCACAGCUGUACGCGUCUGCUCAGGUUGCCACCCAGUGUGAGUGCCGCCGCCUGUCCCACGACACUCUCCUUUGGCACCACCGCCUUGGUCACCCCUCCCUGCCUCGCCUUCGUAGCAUGCACUCUCGCUGCCUGGUCUCUGGCCUUCCCAGGUCUCUCCCUGCCCUCCCUCCCUCGCCUGCGCCUCCCUGCAUUCCUUGCGUCGAGGGGCGGCAGCGCGCCGCUCCUCACUCCUCCUCGUUCCCUCCCACAGAGGCUCCACUGCAGACUCUCCACCUGGACGUGUGGGGCCCGGCCCGCGUCCAGGGGCAGGGCCGCGAGCGGUACUUCCUGCUGGUGGUUGAUGACUACACGCGCUACACCACGGUCUUCCCCUUGUGCAGCAAGGGGGACGUCCCUGCUAUUUUGAUCCCCUGGAUCCGCGCUGCUCGUCUCCAGCUCCGCGAGCGGUUCCAGUCGGACUUUCCUGUCUUGCGUCUGCACUCUGACAGAGGUGGCUUAUUCAUGGAGGUCGCUCGUACCUCCAUGAUCCAUGCGGCGGCUCCCCAUUUUCUGUGGUCGUUUGCGGUCCGGUACGCCGCGCAUCAGCUCAACCUCUGGCCCCGUGUCUCCUUGCCGGAGACCUCGCCCACACUGCUGUGGACGGGGAAGGUUGGCGAUGCGUCGCGUUUCCGGGUCUGGGGUGCUCGUGCGUUUGUCCGCGAUAGUACUGCGGACAAACUCUCUGCUCGUGCCAUUCCCUGUGUUUUCCUUGGCUUUGUUCCUGACGCGCCUGGCUGGCAGUUCUACGAGCCCACCUCGCGCUGUGUCUUUGCGUCUCAGGACGUCACCUUUGACGAGUCCGUAUUCCCCUUCCCCGCGCCAGGUCCUGCUCCCUCAGGUGUUUCUCAGGUAGACCCUCCCGUGCCUGCACCUGUUGAGGUCACUGGUGACUCCGGUCCUGCUGGAGGUGGUGCUGUCGGUGGGGAUACUGGGCCUGGGGGUGGGGAGCUUGAAGGUGCUGCGUCUGGGAGUGCUGAGCCUGCGCGUGAGGGGCCUGGAGGUGCGGAGCCUGGGGGUGCUGUGCCUGCGUGUGAGGAGUCUGGAGGUGCGGAGACUGGAGGUGCGGAGCCUGGACGUGCGGAGCCUGGAGGUGUGGAGCCUGGAGGUGCGGAGCCUCCGUGUGAGGAGUCUGGGGGUGCUGAGUCUGGGGGUGCUGAGUCUGGGGGUGCUGAGCUGGAGGUGCUGGGUCUGAGGGUGCUGAGCCUGCUGGUGUGCGGUCCCCUUGGAGUGGCCGCCUUCGUCCGCGUGUGCCUCUCACCUCCCAGCAGCUGCACGACUGGAGUCACUGGUCCCGGAGGUGCUCGUACUGGAGGUACUGGAGCUGCUGGGGCUGGGAGUACUGUGUCUGGGGGUGCCGCUGCUGGGGACACUGCGGCUGGAGACCCUGGGACUGGGGGUGCCGGUUCUGGGGGUGCUGCUGCUGGUGGAGCUGGUCCUGGAGGAGCUGGCGCUGGGGGUGCUGGAGUUUCUGGAGGUGCUGGAGCUCUUGGUGCUGCUAGUCCUGCGCAGCCGCAACUGUUCUUCGCUCCGCCGUCUCCGUCGUCUCAGCCGCCCCCUGACUCUGUGCUUCGCCAGGUUCUUAGUCUUCCGUCUUCUACUGGUCUUCCGUUACUGCCUGGCUCGCCGCUGCCUGCUCCCUCUCCUUACCCUGAGCAGUUAGGGGGCCUUACUGAGCGUCGUGAGCCUGCGUCGCGUCCUGUCUCGCCUGUUCGUCCUAGUAGUUCCACUCGUCGUGUUCCGCGUCCGCGUUCGCCGCCUGUCCCCACCGCACACCUUGUCGUCCGUCGUCCUUCCUCUGUUCCACAGUCUGUUUCUCUGCCGUCUCCUCCUGCGUCUUCCUUGCCUCACGUUCCGAACCCUGAGUCUGACCGGUUUCGUGCUGAGCACCCUACUGUCACGCGUCUGCUCGCCACUGUUGUCACUGACCCCUCGUUUGAGUCUGCUGCUGCGUCUGCUUUGGUUGCUGAGCUUGUUGACUUUGCGGCUGCCUGUCGUCUAGACUACGAUGCUAGCCUUAUUGCUGAGUCUGAGUCUGUCUGUCCUCCGUCCGUCGGGGGUGAGUGUGCUCUUAGCACGGACGUCCUUGAGGACAGGCACGAGGACCUUGAGUGUCUUGCAGCCGCUGCGUCUCAUCUCGUGGCCAUGCUGCUUGCCCCUGAGGGAGACCCGGAUGCUAUAGACAUCCCGACCCCGCGCUCUUACGCUAAGGCGAUCGCGGUCGAUGAGGUUCCCCCUCUCGGGGCGAACAUCAUCGAUAGCAUGUGGAUUUUCAGGGUGAAGCGGCCGCCAGGUUCUCCGCCUGUCUUCAAGGCUCGUUACGUUGCUCGAGGCUUCAGUCAGCGAGAGGGAGUUGACUUCUUCCAGACCUUCUCCCCCACCCCGAAGAUGACUACUCUUCGGGUGCUGCUGCACGUUGCCGCCCAGCGUGACUACGAGCUUCACUCUCUGGACUUCAGCACAGCUUUCCUACAGGGCAGCCUGCACGAGGAGAUCUGGCUGCGCCGCCCACCUGGCUUCACUGGGUCGUUCCCUCCUAGUACCCAGUGGAGCCUCCGCCGGCCAGUCUACGGUCUCCGCCAGGCACCCCGUGAGUGGCACGACACACUGAGGACUACACUUGCGGCUCUUGGGUUUGCGCCUUCGACUGCUGACCCGUCACUGUUUCUGCGCACCGACACUUCGCUGCCGCCGUUCUAUAUCCUCGUGUACGUCGACGACUUGGUCUUUGCUACUGCUGACACUGAGGCCCUCGCCCUGGUGAAGUCGGAGCUGGAGAAGAGACACACGUGCACAAACCUGGGUGAGCUGCGUAGCUACCUUGGCUUGCAGAUCACCCGGGACCGCGCACGCCGCACCAUCACAGUGACUCAGUUACACAUGGUGCAGCAGGUCCUUCAGCGUUUCGGCUUCACCUGGUCCUCGCCACAGUCCACUCCUCUGGCUACAGGUCACUCGCUCUCAGCUCCACCUUCGGACGAGUUCGUAGAGCCGAGUGGUCCUUACCCAGAGCUAGUGGGCUGCCUCAUGUACCUGAUGACUUGCACUCGUCCUGACCUAGCGUACCCUCUUGGCCUUCUGGCUCGCUACGUGGCUCCUGGUCGGCACCGAAAGGUGCACUGGGAUGCUGCGAAGAGGGCUACGCAGCGGUCGUCACAGGGUUACACUUUCAGCCUUGGCUCUGGUUCUGUUUCUUGGCAUUCUACUCGCUCGUCUUCUGUUCUCAGCUCCAGUUGUGAGGCUGAGAUCUACGCUACAGCCAUGGCUGCUCAGGAGUUACGCUGGCUCACCUACCUGCUGACCGACUUGGGAGAGAGGCCUCGUUCUCCUCCAGUUCUGUACGUCGACAACAAGGCCACCAUUGCCUUGUGUCAGGAGCACAGACUGGAGCACAGAACGAAGCACAUCGCUCUGCGUUACUUCCUGGCUCGAGAGUUGCAGCAGCGUGGUCAGCUUCGUCUUGCACACGUGGCCACUCGGGCCAACACUGCUGAUAUAUUCACCAAGGCACUUCCGUCUGGUGAUCAUCAGCGUUUUUGUACUUUGUUAGGCCUUGUGCCUACGUUUCCACACUUGCUGUAG